CCCUUGCUCAGAAGUCCGGCGAGGAAGGGGACUCGCCGAUACAGAGUUGCUGCGGCGAAAAAAAAGCGAUGGUAGCGUCUCUGUACUCGAUCGUCGCUGUGUGCAAGAACAUGGGCAUUGGAAAAGACGGGAAGCUUCCUUGGCCUCCGCUCAGGAAUGAGUAUAAGCAUUUUCAGAAAAUGACAAUGACAACUAAAGAAGAAGGAAAGCAAAAUGUGGUCAUAAUGGGUAGGAAGACUUGGUACUCCAUCCCUGAGAAAAAUCGUCCUUUAAAAAACAGAAUUAAUGUAGUACUUAGUAAAGAACUAAAGGAUGUUCCUGACGGGGCCCAUUACUUGGCUAAAAGUCUGGAAGAAGCCCUAGAUCAUCUUGAAACACCAGAGAUGAAAAGAAAGGUAGACAAGAUUUGGAUAGUUGGAGGAAGUUCAGUAUAUAAGUUAUGUAGGUAUCUCUGUUGAUAUCCAGGAAGAGAAUGGAAUCCAGUAUAAAUUUGAAGUUUAUGAAAAUACCAUCUAGAUAUGAGCAAAAUUACCAUCUAAAUCUAUUUGCAGAAUUAAUCAAGACUUUUGCCUGCAUUGUAUUCUCUUCAAGAAGAAGAAAAAAGUCCCUUUGUGCUACAUCCUUCCCCCAUUCUAUGACGCUACUGUGCAAAAAAA